GGGCCAGCCGGAUCUUCGAUCGGAUGUAAUUGCAUUCACCGACAAGCGGACUACUUUGCUGGCAAAAUUCCAUCAUUUGUGCCGUGUGCAACACAUAGCUACCUCGAAUUCCACGGAUCUGCAACUGACCUUCGCAAUCCAAAUCGGUUUCAUUCGAGAAAAUACAGAGAAUAUCAGCCAGGUGCCAUGUUAGCAACAUCAUCCAACAAGAUAAAACCCUGGAAACGUGCUCAUUCCGAUGAGUCCCUUUCUGUGCAUGUACGCGUGAAUGCUCAAACCCCGACAAGUGUCAUAACUGCCACCAUGCCAUCGAUGCCAGUUACUACAACCGCAACCAACUCAAAGUCCUCUGAGGUAACUUCAAACGCUGUCCCAGUUUCUGACACUUGUACAAGGUUACCUGAUUACAGACCUGUCUCUGUUAACUAUGAGGCAAGUUUGAUGGACAUGAUUGAAGCAAAUCGUGUCUCUCAGUAG